AGAUCAAAAUCUGUUGCUCAGGAACUGAUACAGGUCUAAGCCCAAGAAUAUGGACGGUGAUCCGCAUGAUCUGCUCCUGAUCCCUCCUCCAUCACAGGUGGAGCCGUGGCUGAUUCCAGGAAACAGCUCACCUGUCUCACUCUUUUCUCUGCAGGCGUCAGAUGGAGACUCUUCUUCUUCAACUCUGUUUGAACCAAGUGUAGAAAGUGUGUGUGAGCUGAUGUGGAUGUGAACUCAGCAGCAUGGAUCAGUGUGAGGACAGAGAGGAGGGAGCCCCUCCCUCUAAAACCACUCUGUGUGGGGAACAUGAGAGAAAGACCAGAGCUCAGAGAGACACACCACACUCUGCUGGACCUGGACCUGGACCUGGACCUGGACCUGGACCUGGACCUGGACCUGGACCUGGACCUGAACCCGAACCCGGUGUUGCAAAGAGGAUCCAGCAGCAGAGACCAGACUCUCCUGAACCCAGCUGUCUGUCUUUAAAGAGCGACAUGUCAAAGGACUGGUUCAUUGACUUUAAAGGGCGACGUCCAUCAGCUGAUCAGAUAGUGGACCAGGAGAGCUCAGAGGUUCCCAGGUCUCAGUCUGCCCAGCAGCAUCAAACACAGCUGGACUCCAUAUUUAUGCUGCUGGAGGAGAACAUGGUCACUUUUGUCAAGAACGAGCUGAAGAAGAUGCACAAGCUUCUGAGUCCAGAUUACCCAGAAUGCUCAGGGAGUCAGAGGGAGGAUGAGGAGGUGUUGGACGCUGAGGAUGAAGAGCAGAGGAGCAGCAGAGAGGCAUUUGUGAAGAUCACAGUGAACUUCCUGAGGAGAAUGAAGCAGGAGGAGCUGGCUGACUGUCUGCAGAGCAAAUCUCCUGCUAUGUGCCAACCUAGACUCAAAUCUAACCUGAAGAAGAAGUUCCAGUGUGUGUUUGAGGGGAUCUCUAAAGCAGGAAACCCGACCCUUCUGAACCAGAUCUACACAGAGCUCUACAUCACAGAGGGAGGGACUGGAGAGGUCAAUGAUGAACAUGAGGUCAGACAGAUUGAAACAGCAUCCAGGAAACCAGUCAGACCAGAAACAACCAUCAGACAAGAAGACAUCUUUAAAGUCUCACCUGGAAGAGACGGACCAAUCAGAACAGUGAUGACACUGGGAGUGGCUGGCAUCGGGAAAACAGUCUUAACACAGAAGUUCACUCUGGACUGGGCUGAAGACAAAGCCAACCAGGACAUACAGUUCACAUUUCCAUUCACCUUCAGAGAGCUGAAUGUGCUGAAAGAGAGAAAGUUCAGCUUGGUGGAACUUGUUCAUCACUUCUUUACUGAAACCAAAGAAGCAGGAAUCUGCAGGUUUGAUCGGUUCCAGGUCGUGUUCAUCUUUGACGGUCUGGAUGAGUGUAGACUUCCUCUGGACUUCCACAACACGGAGAUCCUGACUGAUGUUACAGAGUCCACCUCAGUGGACGUGCUGCUGACAAACCUCAUCAGGGGGAAACUGCUUCCCUCUGCUCGCCUCUGGAUAACCACACGACCUGCAGCAGCCAAUCAGAUCCCUCCUCAGUGUGUUGACAUGGUGACAGAGGUCAGAGGGUUCACUGACCCACAGAAGGAGGAGUACUUCAGGAAGAGGUUCAGAGAUGAGGAGCAGGCCAGCAGGAUCAUCUCCCACAUCAAGACAUCACGAAGCCUCCACAUCAUGUGCCACAUCCCAGUCUUCUGCUGGAUCACUGCUACAGUUCUGGAGGAGCUGUUGAAAACCAGAAAGAGAGGAGAGCUGCCCAAGACCCUGACUCAGAUGUACAUCCACUUCCUGGUGGUUCAGUCCAAACUGAAGAAGGUCAAGUAUGAUGGAGGAUCUGAGACAGAGCCACACUGGAGUCCAGAGAGCAGGAAGAUGAUUGAGUCUCUGGGAAAACUGGCUUUUGAGCAGCUGCAGAAAGGAAACCUGAUCUUCUAUGAAUCAGACCUGACAGAGUGUGGCAUCGAUAUCAGAGCAGCCUCAGUGUACUCAGGAGUGUUCACACAGAUCUUUAAAGAGGAGAGAGGCCUGUACCAGGACAAGGUGUUCUGCUUCGUCCAUCUGAGUGUUCAGGAGUUUCUGGCUGCUCUUCAUGUCCAGCUGACCUUCAUCAACUCUGGAGUCAAUCUGAUGUCAGAAGAACAAUCAACCUCCAAGAAGUCUGAACCAAGACGAGACAAAUCUGCAGAGACAAACUUCUACGAGAGAGCUGUGGACGAGGCCUUACAGAGUCCAGACGGACACCUGGACUUGUUCCUCCGCUUCAUCCUGGGUCUUUCACUGCAGACCAAUCAGACUCUCCUAAGAGGUUUAAUGUCACAGACAGGAAGUGACUCAGAGACCAAUCAGGAAACAGUCCAGUACAUCAAGAAGAAGAUUGAAGAGACUCCCUCUGCAGAGAAAAGCAUCAACCUGUUCCACUGUCUGAAUGAACUGAACGAUCGUUCUCUAGUGGAGCAGAUCCAACAGUCCCUGAGAUCAGGAAGUCUCUCCACAGAUAAACUGUCUCCUGCUCAAUGGUCAGCUCUGGUCUUCAUCUUACUGUCCUCAGAAGAAGAUCUGGACGUGUUUGACCUGAAGAAAUACUCUGCUUCAGAGGAGGCUCUUCUGAAGCUGCUGCCAGUGGUCAAAGCCUCUAACAAAGCUGUACUGAGUGGCUGUAACCUCUCAGAGAGAAGCUGUGAAGCUCUGUCCUCAGUCCUCAGCUCCCAGUCCUCUAGUCUGAGACACCUGGACCUGAGUAACAACGACCUGCAGGACUCAGGAGUGAAGCUGUUGUCUGCUGGACUGGAGAGUCCACUCUGUACACUGGAGACUCUCAGUCUGUCAGGAUGUCUGGUCACAGAGGAAGGCUGUGCUUCUCUGGCCUCAGCUCUGAGCUCCAACCCCUCCCACCUGAGAGAGCUGGACCUGAGCUACAAUCAUCCAGGAGACUCAGGACUGAAGCUUCUGUCUGCUGGACUGGAGGAUCCAGACUGGAGACUGGACACUCUCAGGGCGGAGCCUGGUGGAGUCCGAUGGUUGACACCAGGUCUGAGGAAGUAUUCCUGUGAACUCACAAUCGACACAAACACAGUGAACAGACAGAUCAAACUGUCUGACAACAACAGGAAGGUGAAACUUGUGAAGGAGGAUCAGUCAUAUCCUGAUCAUCCAGACAGAUUUGACCAGUGGCCUCAGCUGCUGUGUUCAACUGGUCUGACUGGUCGCUGUUACUGGGAGGUCGAGUGGAGAGGAGAUGUUGAAAUAUCAGUGAGUUACAGAGGAAUAAGAAGGAGAGGAAACAGAGACGAGUGUGUGUUUGGAUGGAACGAUGAGUCCUGGAGUCUGAACUGCUCUGAUGCUCUUGGUAAUUCUGUCUGUCACAAUAACAGAGAAACAUCUAUCUCCUCCUCCUCCUCCUCCUCCUCCUCCUCGUCUGUCUCUGACAGAGUAGCAGUGUAUUUGGACUGUCCUGCUGGCUCUCUGUCCUUCUACAGAGUCUCCUCUAACAAACUGAUCCACCUCCACACCUACAACACCACCUUCACUGAACCUCCGUAUCCUGGGUUUGGGUUCUGGCACUUGUCUAGUCCUGGUUCCUCAGUGUCUCUGUGUUGAAUGAAGCAGAGAGAGAAACGUUCUCACUGUUGAACAGAUAGUUCAGUCUCUACAAGUCUGUCUCUUUCACUCACACGUUUUCAGUUUUUCAAUUUAUUUCUUGUAUAUUUUCAGUUGAUUGCUGAAAAUGAUCUUUGUAACGAUACACUGAACAUAACCAAUCACUAAGUUUCAUGUAUUUAGUACUUCCUGUCUUAUUGUGAAAUCACUAACAUGUCCUGUCAUUUCAGUCCAAUCAUCCUCACCUGGUCCCCACUUACUACCUGCCCCUGCUCUUCCGUGUCAGUAAACCCUGUAUAUGUACUACAGUUUCCUUUGUUCCUGUGUCUGAUUGUCAUUGUCAUUGUU